CGCUCGCGAAUACGUUGUUGUCGUCGUCGUCGUCGUCGUCACUCGUUACAUUCCGCUUUCGCACAUAAGCGAGCGCGGAGAGAAAAGGGGGAGAAGGAAAGCGGACUGUCGCCACCGCCACCGCCACCGCCGCCGCCGCCGCCGCAUGUCUAGCCGCGCGCUCGCAUACCCGUGUGUAUGCACGUUCCCGCGCGGACACCCGUCUCUCACGGCCUAUUCGCGAGAUCCUGCGCGAUACACGUCCCUGCGCGCCGAGUCCUGUGGCCUUGAACGCGAUGGCUUCUCGGUGCCUCGCCAGGCGAUAUAAUUGGCAGGAAGUAAAAUACAUCCGCUCGACAGCGAUACGUUACACUGUGGGAUACUGUGCCGUGCCACCGAAUUGAUCGCGCACGGUUUGAUCGUCUCUUCUGUGCAAUGAGGAUCGCACGAGGAGCUGCGCGACGAACGAAUUCCCGUGAGAACGUAAAUAUACCUGCAAAAAUUACAAGCACUUAACGAUGGAACACUCGGAGUUAGUAGCAGAAAUGGUACAUGUCGAAAGACUGACGACACAAGAACGGUUGCAUUUAGCACGACAUCGUAGACUUCAACAAUUAAAAGUAUGGAGACAACGUGAAAAGGAAUGGUUACGUCAUCAGACCAGGCAUACGAGUAAUAAACGCCACAUAUACUUUAGCGAUAGCGUUAUGUUGUUGGAAGCAGCUGCGAGAAACGAUAUUGAUGAAGUAAGACGGCUCUUGAAGAAAGGUGUAAAUCCUGACUCGACGAACGAAGAUGGCUUGACAGCGUUGCAUCAAUGUUGCAUAGAUGACAACGAAGAAAUGAUGAAAUUACUCAUUGAAUUCGGUGCUAAUGUGAAUGCGGAGGACAGUGAGAAGUGGACACCGUUGCAUGCCGCUGCUACGUGUGGUCAUUUGCACUUAGUGAAAUACCUUAUCGCCAGGGGUGCGAAUUUAUUGGCUGUUAACGCUGACGGCAAUAUGCCGUAUGACAUUUGCGAAGAUGAGAAGACGCUAGAUUGUAUUGAAGGGGAAAUGGCGAGGCGAGGAGUUACUCAAGAAUUAAUAGACGAAACAAGAGCAUCGACCGAGGUUCAAAUGCUACGGGAUUUACAAAAGAUCGCUUCCUUAGGGGGGGAUCUUGAAUACAAGGACCAUCAAGGUGCCACACCUCUUCAUAUUGCAUCAGCAAAUGGCUAUCUGAGAGUCGUGGAAUUUCUUCUUGACCAACACGUAUCAACGGAUGUGGAAGACAAUGAUAAGUGGCAACCGGUUCACGCAGCUGCAUGUUGGGGACACCUGGAAGUACUUGAGUUAUUAGUACAAAACGGAGCUGACCUAAAUGCGAAGAAUAAACACGACGAAACCCCUGCAGACAUAUGCGAGGAUCCGGAAAUCAGGGAGAGGAUAGUGGAAUUGAAAACGGAACAAGAGAGUAAACGACUUCGUGAGGCACAAGGACGGCGAGUACGUAGGUCACAGAGCAUAAAUACACGGACACAAAGCGUACGUCGGACAUCUAUCCGGGACAAGGUUCUCACUACGAAGAAAGACGCUCAGGAGGAAGCUCGGUUAAGGUUACAAGCGCAACAGACGUACGUUAGUGCUCCCACGCCUAGUAUCCCACCAUUGGAGAAUAAUACGCAAGAAGUAGGGGACCACGAGACUGAUUCUAGCGCACUGACGCCAGCGGUGCGAAAAGGCCCCGAAGGAAAAGACAACGAGUCUUUCCUUCACGAAGAUGUUGAUAAAGAUUCAGCAGUGACAGGGCCUGACUCAGCUACGCUCGGCGGCCAGCAGCCGGCGCCGAUUUACGCGGCCGAUACCGGCGAUAACAACGGCAAGAUCAACAUUCACGUGUCCGUUGUUUUCGUCAAAUCCUUGUCAGAUCUGAAGAAGCAGCGGGCGCAGAAUCGGCACAUAUCCGGCGGCUCCCUAGACGCCAAUGGGAAUGGUAUACCGAUGCCGGUCUCGUCCAUCUCCAAUUCCGACCUCAGCACCGAUGACUUUCAACGUUUCACCGGCAACACUAGCGAAAUCGUGGGCGAUAAUCACUCGGAGAAGAGCUGCUGUACCGUCAUGUAAUAUAUAUGGGCUUUCACGACGACGACGACGACGACGACGACGACGACGACGACGACGACGACGACGACGACGAAGACGGCGACCACAGGAACGACAACAACCUCGUAUCUUCCCCGUCUUUUCGUCGUUAGAAAUUAUACUUUGCGAAUCAUUGCGGAAACAAACGAAAGCGUGUUCCUGCGAUUAGCUAUCGGUGUUGCUCGGGGAAACCGUCAAUACGCUCGUGUUGUUAAAUCUCACGCAAUUUCGCAAUCUUUUCCGAGGACGUCGCAAUCUUCUCUUCUGCGUAUCCUUGGCGAUGUAUGUACAUUGACAGAUAAAAUCCGCGGCGGCGCGUAUUGACAAGUUAUUCUCGCGGAGUAGGAAAGAGGAAAAUUAGCUUUAAAAUCAAAACAACUAUCGUUUUGAUAUCGCGGUAUCGAACGGCGGUGUACUUAAAAUCGUAACGAACAGAUCCGUGCGCGCGCGCGCGCGACUGCGACGCUCGGAUAAGUUUGAAUCUUACCGUUCCAAUCAUUGAGAACACCUUAGGUAACGUUACGACGUGAACUUAGUAGAGAACGUGUACUUACAUUCGCAGAGGGGUAUAUUUGCAUUAUCGAGUUAUUUACAAAUUUCCCGGCGCCUAAGAAUUAAGUAUUGUAAAGAGUUUUACCUUAUUUAUUGUUACGUAAGAGAAAUGUAUAGAGCGACUACAUUUAGCGAGUAAGGAAUGUAUUGCAUUUUUUCGUAGGUACUACCUAGAUUCGGAUUUUAUAUAGUACGUAUCUCCGCAAAAAGAAAGAAGAAAAGAAAAGAGAAAACAAAAGCAUAUAAGACUUAUCAAACAUCUUCCAAUGUUUUUUAUAAGACUCUAGCUGUAAGAAUUAAGUGAAAACUGUUUUUUAUAUCGAUUUAAAGAUUAUUUGUAAAUUUUUGAUAUGUAGUAUUUAUCUAUAUUAUGACUAUCGUAGACGCAACACACACACUGAAUUCCUUGUUUCUGCGUACAAGCGAGCCACGCACACGUACAUCACUGAUUUACAAUUUUUCGCACUUGUGUUGGUACGCGCCUUUGUCGAGAUGCAAGACGUUUAAGUUUCGUUCAGUCUCACUCUUCCAGUGUUCGACGCUCGAGAGAAAUACAUAUAUGACGUAUAUGUAGGCUUUACGCGGAGUAAAGCUCGCAUAUUCCCGCGCGACGAUCGAACAAUCAAAAGUAAAACGUAACCGGUAACGAGCAUUCUAUUUCUCGAUCUCGAAUUGCGCGUACGGGAAAAUGUGUGUCAAGUAAAAUAACAAUAUCUGUCCUGCCGAACACACCCGCGCUUCGCGCUGGCCAAUCAGUCGGUCCAUCAGUCACAACCGAAUUGUAUAGAUACACGAGGGAGGCAAGCUUUCCGCGGGGGGAUACAUAGUACAAACGAAUGCACGUACUCACCUUUCCACGGCGCAUGAUAUAAAGCACGCGUUGCCAAAAAAAUCGCGUGCGACUCUUUCUCACGGCUUCCUUCCUUACGACCGUGUUCGCGUGAUUCGCAAAUUAUUCGAGAUCUUCCAAUCGCGCUGAUCGCACAUCUUCAAUAUAUAAUAAUGCCAUACCGAGAUUCCGAUUGAGCGUGAUGUGACGUGAUUGCAUAGGGCGUAUGAUUGUUCAUACUUGAUUUCGAUGUGAAUGUUACGGUGAAAGUUGAUUUGUUUUAAAUGGUUGUAUUGAAAAUGAAUUUACGUGACAUCCACCACAUGUUUCUUGUAUUGUAAUAUAAUAACGUUAUAUAAAAUAAAGUCACUCUCUGUAUAUGUUAA